AUGCGUGCCACAGCCAAGAUCCUUGACAUCCCCAUCUACACCACGACCCAGAACGCGGCGCGGCUUGGCGCAACCGUCUCCGAACUCAGCUCACUCCUGCCCACGUCGACGGAGAGCGCGGCCGCGACCAUUGAGGUGGACAAAACAGCAUUCAGCAUGCUGGUGCCCGACCUCACCACGCAGCUCGCACGGCAGAAGGGCCGGCUGAGCGUGAUCAUCGUCGGCAUCGAGACACACAUCUGCGUGACGCAGACAGCGCUGGAUCUGUUGGCUCAGGGCCACCGUGUGUACGUGCUCCAGGAUGGCGUGUCGAGCUGCAAUGAGGGCGAGCGGCCCGUCGCGCUGGCCCGACUCGCGAGGGAAGGAUGCGUCGUCACCACCAGCGAGAGUCUCCUCUUUGAGAUCCUGGGAGAUGCAAACAAUCCGAGGUUCAAGGCGAUUUCAGGCCUGGUCAAGGAGACCAAGGACGACACGAGGCUUGCUGUCGACACGUUUUGUAAAUUGUGA